UAAUUUCAAACACUGAUGAAUGUCCAGAUUUAUUUAUUAUGUGUAACUUUAUAUGCAGGUACUGAAGUUAUUGGAAUACACGUGCAGCUACCUCUAAUAUCUUCUAGGAAAGUUAGUUUUCAAGAAAACGAAAUUAUCAGAGGAUCAUCUCUACCGUUGACUAAACAAAUUCAUGGGUCUUUGAUGUUGAUUGGCUGGAUGUGGCUAAUUGGUAUAGCAACAAUUGUAGCGAGACAUUUUAAAAAUGGUUUUGAUAAUAGAGUCGUAUGUGGAAGCAAAGUAUGGUUUCAGAUUCAUCGAGCUCUGGCAAUCAAAACAUGGCUGUUAACUGUCGCAAGUUUCGUCUUGAUAUUUGUAGUAGUCGGCAAAUUGACAGAGAAUGCAGAAAUUCAUAGCUAUCUAGGUAUAACAGUGAUGUCUGCAUCAACCCUUCAAGUAGUUAUGGGCAUUGUGCGACCAAAACCCGACUCCAAAGUAAGGGCGAUAUUUAUCUGGGGCCACUGGUUUUUAGGAAAAAGCACGAUUAUCAUAGCUGUUGUGACAUUUUUCUUCGCCUUUAACAACGACAUGAUACCGCAGCCUCAAACAUACUUUGCGAAUAUUGUUCUUGGUGUGUUCGUGGGUCAGCAAGUGUUUUGGGAGGUUUGGUUUGAAAUUAACAAGAACUGGCAGCUGAAGAAAGCUUCAGAAAAGUACGAAUUAAAAGACAUGUCUAAAACGGGUGGACAAAGUGGCGGGAAGAAGCUGCACGAUGAUUACGUGAAUCCUUCGACCUCGCCAUCUACACCUGAUAAAGCCCUUGUUUUAUACACUUUAUGUAUUAUGAUAAUCUCAGCUGCCGCUUUAGCGUCUGUGUUUCUGUUCUAAAUGUGUUUAUUUCUAUAUUAUAUUCACAAAAAUAACACUCCGAACAACUAACUGUGUUUCUGUUCCAGAUGUGUUUAUUUCUAUAUUAUAUUCACAAAAAUAACACUCCGAACAACUAACUGUGUUUCUGUUCCAAUGUGUUUAUUUCUGUAAUAUAUACACAAAAAUAACGCUCCGAACAAUUAAUUUGUAGUAUCUGAAAUAAAAAAUAAUAUAAAAAUGUGUGUACAUAUGUCCAUGAUGGAGAUGUGUUAUCAGUAUCUGUUAGUACUCUCAUACCAGUUAAGUAUUCUCAUACCAGUUAAGUAUUCUCAUACCUGUUAAGUACUCUCAUACCUGUUAAGUACUCUCAUACCUCUCAAGAAUAGAGAAACAUGUUAAGUAUCCUUAUACAUGUUAAGAGCAACUGAUAAAUUUGCAAUUUCUCCCACUGGACAUAUCAUUGCAGUCAUAAUUGCGAAAUACAUUGCCAGUUUAUAUUAUUUAGAAAUAAAUUAAUAAUUAUCAUUUUGCAGUGGGUAUGUAAUAAAUUGACGUUUGCGGAUGCACAGGCCUCCUAUGCCUUUAAUACACUAUCAAACAUUCCAUUUCACGAUAGAAAUGACAAAUUAACAAUUUUAUAUUUUCAUUGUAUAUUGCCAUUCUUUUACAUUGUUUGAAUGGCUCCAUUGUUGCAUAUUUUGAAAGUUGUUAUUUCUUUAUUCACAUAGCUAUAGAUGCAUUACAUAUUAAAGAAGUUCAAGAAGUAUCUUAUAAAUAAUUGCUGUAACUGUUUGUGAAUUUCGAGCAAAUAUUGAUGUUUUCAAGUACUACACCCAUCUGCUAAACAUUGUGAAUACAUUUUUGUUUUACGAAA